GAUCGCAGAGGUCCCUGUUCGAGCGCCAGUUGUGGCAGGAUAAAAGAGCGAACUCCGGGUGCGGGCAGGUUUUCCAGGCUUCUAGAGGACAGAUUUUGCUGGAGGGUUACCCACUGAAUGCACGAUGUGAAUGGACUAUUCAUGUUCAAGCUGGAUUUAACAUUGAAUUAAGAUUUUCCAUGCUGAGCCUGGAGUUUGACUACAUGUGCCAGUAUGACUAUGUGGAGGUCCGUGAUGGGGACAAUUUGGACAGCCAAAUAAUUAAGAAAUUCUGUGGAAAUGAGAGGCCGCCUCCCAUCCGAAGCACUGGCUCUUCACUCCAUGUCCUCUUCCAGUCUGAUGGAUCCAAGAACUUUGAUGGAUUUCAUGCUGUCUUUGAAGAAAUUACAGCUUGUUCUUCAUCUCCAUGUCUUCAUGAUGGAACAUGCAUUCUAGACAAAAGUGGUACCUACAAAUGUGCCUGUCUGGCUGGCUAUACAGGGAGUCGCUGUGAAAACUUGGUGAUGUGUAGGACUCCAGGUGCUCCCGCUCAUGGUAUUGUGGAAGGAGAUGACUUUAAAUACGGGGCCCAGGUUUACUUCAAGUGCAACGCAGGUUACAGCUUAAAAGGCAGCCGUGUUGCCUACUGUCAGCUUGAUGGGAUUUGGUCAACACAUCAGCCUGAAUGUGUUCUAGAUGAAAAAAAAUGCUCAGAUCCUGGUGGCCCACUCAAUGGCUACAGAAGAGUAGUAGAAGACACUGGUCUCUUGAAUGGACGCUAUGCAAAAAUUGGCACAGUCAUUGCUUUCUUUUGUAACAACUCAUAUGUUCUUAGUGGGAACGAACAGAGGACCUGCCAAGACGACGGAGAAUGGUCAGGGAAGCAGCCAAUCUGCAUAAAAGCCUGCAGAGAGCCAAAGAUCUCUGACCUGGUGAGACAGAAAGUGCUUCCAAUGCAGGUUCAGUCAAGGGAAACACCUUUGCAUCAACUUUACUCAUCUACAUUCAGCAAGCAAAAGCUUGAAGUCUAUCCAACCAAGAAGCCAGCGCUGCCCUUUGGAGACCUGCCCCCAGGGUACCAGCACCUGCACACGCAGCUGCAGUACGACUGCAUUUCUCCUUUCUACCGCCGCCUGGGCAGCAGCAGGAGAACUUGUCUCAAGACAGGAAAAUGGAGUGGGAGAGCCCCUGUGUGUAUUCCAA